AUGGACGGCUCGGAUAGUGUUUUUCCACCAGCGGGACUGUUGACAGGCGGCAACGCCCAGGACAUUGGAACAAAUCAGCCCAGUCGUGAGGCAUCAGCCGCGCGUCGCGGAAUUGGCGGCCCCCGGAUACGAGGCGAUCCGCAAACCAGCACACAACCGAUUAUCGAACCAGGUGUCGCGGAUCCAGUUUCGCUAGGGUUCGAGAAGAUCAUGCAGCGCUUUGAUACUCUGGAAUUUCGCUUGGAAGCAACUGAUCGGAGGGUUGACGGUUUGGAGGCUCCAAUCCUCCCUGAUCCGGAUCUACCAUACUUUUCAGACGAUACGGACGUGAUUCCGCAUCGCACUCAUCGCGAGAUUAUGGCUUCCGACGGGGAUGCCCCCCGGUAUUUCAACCACAGCCGUCGCGCUCGUGGUGGGGACGUCCGCCGACGACGAGUGGAUUUUUGCGCUCACCCGCGACGGGAGGGAUGGAUGACUUCUCAACACCACGGCCCUGCUGUUCGUCGAGGCCGCACAUACUCCAGACAUGGGUCAGCAUGGGAUAGACCCCAAACCCGUUUCCCUCAGGAGUUGGAUCAAGGUUUUAACGGGUACCGCCACUCUACAUCAUGGGACCCACCCUCACACCGUCAUACAAACAACACGGGCAGAAUGGAGACGCCGCGGGAUCUUGACAUGAAAGCUCCCCGUUUCGACGGCUCCGACGCUUCGAAUUGGAUUUCUAGAGUCGAAUAUUAUUUCGACCAUUUACAGAUGGCAGAUGAAGAUCGCCUACACUACGUGGUGAUGUUGUUUCAGCCACCGGCGGCGGAAUGGAUUUUUAUUUAUAGAGCUAACAACCCGGUCAUUACGUGGCUCGAGUUUCUGGAAGAUGUCCGCCAUAGGUUCGACCCACAGAGCUUUCGUAAUUGUGCAGGCCCCUUAUCCAAACUGGUACAGACGGGCAGCGUAGCGGAGUAUCACGAUGCUUUUGAUAGAUACCUUAAUCGGGUGCAGGGUAUUUCUGAGGAGGCUCUAAUUCCGAUCUUCAUCACGGGUCUCAAAGAACCCAUUCAAGAAAAGGUUGAGUUACAGCAGCCAACUUCCUUGGCAGAAGCAAUGGCUUUGGCAUUGAGGCUUGCAUCGACACACGAGGAGUGUCAUCCCCAACAAUUCCGGAAUAAAUGGGGAGGUCGAGAUUCUCGCUUCAUAGGCCCUAGCAGCAGCUCAGUCGCGCCAGCCGCUACCUCAACUCAGCAGCCACCUGCCCAACCGAAAGUGACAGUUAAACCUGGGUUUCAACCGAUUCGGGUCUCGAACGCAGAAAAAGCAGAGCGUUCUCGGAAGGGAUUAUGCUAUCAUUGCCCGGAAAAAUGGGUACCGGGUCAUGUGUGUAAAUUGAAGGUCUUGUGCUACAUAGGCGAGGACGAGCAGACCGACGGGCUGGAUGAGUCCGACACAGGCGAAGACCCGGACACGGUGAUCACGGCGGACCUCUCCCAUCUCCAUACCUUGUCAGGGACCAGCACGUCCCGUCCUUUCAACGUUAUAGGCACGAUCGGGACGACUACAGUCAGUAUCCUCAUCGAUACAGGGAGCAAUCACGAUUUCCUGCAUCCGAGAGUGGCGGAGCAGUUGCAGUUAUCCCUGACUCCGAUCCGGCCGUUUCGAGUAUAUGUGGGCAACGGUGCGUCCCUCAUUUGUUCACAUAUAGCGCGCAAGACAAAACUUUCGAUUCAGGGCAUCGACUUCCUUCUGGAUUUGCACAUCAUGGAAAUUCAUGGACCGGAUAUUGUGCUCGGUAUGGAUUGGUUAGAAUCAUUGGGAAAGAUUUCAGCGGAUUUUGUAGGAAAAACAUUGCAAUUUUCAAAGAAUGGAGUAGCUGUGGUGUUACACGGGGUGCAACCAUCUCCACGUCUUAUUUCCUUCCAAUCAUUGGCUAUGCUAACGGCUCAUUCUACUGCCAACGAGUUCUAUGAGAUAGUAAGGAUCGAGCCUGGUGAACAAGUGUCAAGCAAUGCCAACAUCGGAGAAUUUCCUCAGGAUACACCGCCGGCAAUCCAGGCGGUGUUGGACAGGUUCAGGCCGGUAUUUGAGGUACCAACGGGGCUGCCACCGCAGCGUGAGUAUGAUCAUCGGAUACACCUAUUGCCUCAUUCGAAGCCUAUUAAUGUGAGACCUUAUAGAUAUCCCUAUUUUCAAAAGAAUGAGAUUGAAAGGCAGGUGCGGGAAAUGCUCGAACAAGGGAUUGUCCAACGAAGUCAGAGUCCGUUCUCAUCCCCGGUCUUGUUGAUUCGAAAGAAGGAUGGGUCAUUUCGGUUUUGCAUUGACUACAGGGCCUUGAACAUGGCUACAGUACCGGACCAUUUUCCAAUCCCGACAGCAGAUGAACUCUUUGACGAGCUGGGACGCGCGAAAUUUUUUACAAAGCUAGAUUUACGGUCCGGGUACCAUCAGAUUUGCAUGCACGGAGCAGACGUGUUUAAGACGGCUUUUCGGACACACGACGGGCAUUUCGAGUUUUUGGUGAUGCCGUUCGGCCUCACCAAUGCCCCGUCAACGUUUCAAGCGGCCAUGAACGGGAUAUUUCAGCCAUUGUUGAGGAAGUAUGUGAUCGUGUUUUUUGACGAUAUCCUCGUCUACAGCCCCACACUGGAGGACCACUGCUCUCACUUGGAACAGGUGCUCGAGUUAUUACAAUCCCAUCAAUUCUUCGUAAAGCUUUCCAAAUGUUCAUUCUGCAGCACAACGGUGGAGUAUUUGGGGCAUUUGGUCUCGGAUGGUAGCCUCAAAGCUGACCCUGCCAAGAUAGAGGCGAUGACAUCGUGGCCUACGCCUACCACUGUUAAACAACUACGCGAUUUUUUGGGCUUAACAGGAUAUUAUCGGCGCUUCAUUGCUAAUUACGCCAUGAUCGCGGCACCCCUAACCGAUUUGUUAAAGAAGGAGGCUUUUCUAUGGACUAACGCAGGGGACGCGGCGUUCGCAGCCCUCAAAGAGGCUAUGACUUCGGCCCCGGUUUUGAGUCUACCGGUUUUUGAUAAGCAAUUUUGCAUCGAGACAGACGCUUCGGAUACGGGAAUUGGAGCAGUGUUGAUCCAGGAUAAACAUCCCAUCACUUAUUUCAGCAAGAAGCUUGGCCCGCGUCGCCGUGUGGCCUCGACGUAUCAUAAGGAGCUUUACGCCAUAGUGGAGGCAGUUCAGAAGUGGCGGCAGUAUCUCCUCGGCCGAGAAUUUAUUAUACGCAGUGACCAGAAGAGCUUAAAGGAUCUCCUCCAACAGGUCGUGCAGACCCCGGAUCAAUAUCUUUACAUCCGAAAAUUAAUGGGGCAUAAAUUCUGUAUCGAGUAUAAGAAAGGGAGCACCAACAAGGCGGCUGACGCCCUGUCACGGCGCGAGGAAGGCGAGGACCAUCAGCUUGAUACGGGACCGACCGAGUCCUGCCCUGAGCCAGACCGGGUCGAACAGACUGAGGCAGCGUUUUUGGCGGCAGUAGCACAGCCCAUUCCAGAGCGGUUACAGCGGCUACGCGAGGAGACGGCUGAGCUCCCGGAUUUGCGCGCGCUGGUGGACCAGAUCGGGGAAGGAAUAGCCCCUGCACAUCUGUCCCUUGUUGACGGCCUAAUCUACUUCAAUCGUCGGAUCCUUCUCAGCCCCGAUUCAAAGCUAAAGCGUUUGCUAUUGACUGAGCAUCACUGCACGCCAAUCGCGGGACACCCGGGUCUUGAUCGGACCUUUCGUCUUUUAUCAGCGGGAUUUUAUUGGCCUCGAAUGCGGAAGGAUGUCAAAAGGUUCGUCGAUUCCUGUGCGGUAUGCCAAUCCACGAAAUACUCGACACAGAAACCCGCGGGUUUGUUACAACCCCUUCCCAUCCCGUCGCAAGUAUGGGAGGACGUUUCUAUGGACUUCAUUACGGGUCUUCCCCCGUCCAAAGGAUACACCACGAUUAUGGUGGUGGUGGAUCGUCUAUCCAAAUAUGCGCAUUUUGCGCCAUUACCUGCUAAGUUCGACGCCCUACGGGUCGCUCAUCUAUUCAUCAAUACAGUGGUACGCCAUCAUGGAUUUCCCAGGACUUUAGUUUCGGACAGGGACUCAGUGUUCUUGAAUGCUACUUGGGAGGAAAUGUUGCGUUUGAGCGGGACUAAGUUGCACUUCUCUACAGCCUAUCACCCGCAAUCGGAUGGCCAAACAGAGGUUCGGAAUCGCGGCCUCGAACAAUACCUUCGAGCUUUUACUGCAGACUGUCAGUCCAAAUGGGGAAAUUUCCUUCCGUGGGUGGAACUCGCACUCAACUGUUUUCACCAUGCGGCAUUGGGCACGUCGCCUUUCCGAGCACUUUACGGGCGAGAACCCCCGCUGCUGGUGGCGUCCCCACCUUCGGCUGCAACACCUCCUAAGGUAGCAGAUUUGAUACGGCAAAGGGGGCAGUUGCUUUCGGAGUUGCGUGCAAGUCUUCUCCGGGCUCAACAACGGAUGUGCGAGGUGGCGAAUAAGCACAGACGGCACGUCGAAUUUGAGGUGGGGGACUUGGUGUGGCUGAAGUUACAACCUUACCGACAGCAUUCCGUGGCCAAGCCGCUCUCGGUUAAACUAUCCAGGCGUUCCUACGGACCUUAUGAAGUCUUGCAGCGCGUGGGUCCGAGAGCUGCCUACAACUUUCGUGGGGAGCAGACCAGUAGCGACCCCUGUGGAGUUGGUGGAGUCGCGGGUUUAUGGCACGACGGCAAACCGACGGAGCACGUCCUGGUGCGAUGGUCGGACGGGACGGACUCGCCGUCAUGGGAGCCAAUAGAGGUGAUCAAAAGGUGCUUCCCGACUCUCCCCCUUGAGGUCAAGGAGGCUGCUAACCCGGGGGGAGUUGAUAAGAUCAUCUCGAGAGAGGGGGAACCACCUGCGGAUGAGGAAAUGCCGGCGACGGCCAAGAAGACUGGGAAGCGAACGCAGCAGAAGAAGAACGAGGGGAUGCGGAGGCGAGAUCGUUGA